CGUGGGCUCAAUGAAGAAUAUCUUCCUGCUUUUCAUGCAAAAACUAUUGACACUUUCAACUUUCAGCUAAAGUUUGCUGUAUCUUUUAUAUGAGUAGACAUCUCGCCUUCUUUCUAAGAAGGAUUUACAAGCUGUCUGUACAAAAAUUAGAAAAUUCAGCUGUGUCAAGGCUUAUGCAGAAGAUGGCGGAUUGUACCACGUGCAACUCGGAACGAUUUUCAAAGGAACCACCAAAAACGGAGGAAGAAAACGGCGGUUUGAAAAGGUCCCUGAAUGAUGACAACACGACAGAUAAUGCUGGUAACAAGAUAAUGAAAACAGAACCUGGCGAAAAGGUUGCUGAUGAUGAGAAAGAUGAAAAAACAGCUGUACUUCCACGAAAAAAGAAGUGUGCAUUGCUUUUAUCUUACUGUGGGGCAGGGUACAAUGGCAUGCAAAUUAAUCCUGGUGUUAAAACUAUUGAACAAGAACUGGUCAAUGCCUUGUAUAAAGCUGAAGCAAUAACUGAAGAUGGAAAAGCCAACAUGGGAAAGAUGUCCUUUCAACGAUGUGCUAGAACAGACAAAGGUGUUUCUGCUGCAAGACAAGUUGUGUCCUUAAAGAUGGUGCCAUUGCAGAACCUUUUGCCAAAGAUUAAUGAGCAUCUUCAGCCUGAAAUUAGAGUCCUUGCCAUGAAAAGAACAACUAGAGGCUUUGAUGCAAAAGGAAACUGCUCAGCAAGGACAUAUGAAUACCUCACCCCUACGUUUGCUUUUGCCAAAGAUUAUCAAAGUACCACAAAGUACAGAGUGACUGAAGAGAAAAUUGCAGAGGUUAAUGACGUUCUUUCCAAGUUUGUUGGUACACGCAAUUAUCAUAAUUUUACCUCAGGCAAGUUGAUAUCCCGAAAGCCCCUGCGGUUGGACUGGUUCUUGACGAGGUCCACUUCGAUGCCUACAACCGUCGCUAUGGUUCUGACGGGCUGCACGAGGCGUUAGAGUGGGAUGAGAACGAGGAGGAAAUACAGAAGUUUAAACACCAAUAUAUUUAUAAACAAAUCAUUGACACAGAGGCUCGAGAACAUUCAAUGAUGAAAUGGCUGAGGUCAUUACCAGACCAUACGUAUACGGACGAGAGAAUGGAAGAGAUUGGCACUAAAAAAGACGGCAAUAAUGCCAAACAAAACACAACAGCUGAUGCAAACAACACUUUGCCUCACGACAACUCUGGUAAUCAAGGGGGAAGUGGCGAUGCCAAACAGCUUACGGAGGGAGAGGAUAUUGAUAAGAAAGAAGAUGCCGAGGCAUCCGGUAUUCAAGGGUGACUGAUAACGUCUCGGUUGGAAGGAAAGCAAUUGUUGUAGUAUUUCAAUAGGAACAAUUAAAGAUAUUCAUUUUCCUUAAAUUUUUGCUUGAUUUCGUUCAUCCAAGGAAGUAAUCCUUUGAGUAGAUCCAAAUUAUUUUGUGUUAGGGACACACGCGCAAUGAUGCUUUUGCUUUUAGUCAGAGUGAUAUCGGCAGGGCUCGACAUUAACGGUAGCCAACUAGCCACAGACUUGUAGAAAUUCAGUUUUGCCCAGUGGUUUUCGAUUUCCACAAGCCAGUUUGGCUAGUAAACAAACUGAAUUUGUGGUAACAUCUAAGUUGUCACUAAGUGGCUAGUAAGUUGUGUCAAGCCCUGAUCAGUCUAGCUUAAUUUGAACAUUCUUUGGUCAUGAUAGUUGACCUUAAUCCCUAAUAAAGAAGAAUACAAACAAAACCGAACCAAA